ACGCGCUCGAGUUCGAAUCCGUGGCUUGGAGACGCGGUAGUUUUCUUCCCACAUCGUAGCCGCCAUGUCGACCCAAAUGUUCGAGGACAUCUUCGAGAUCAAGCAGCUCAACCCGGAGGGCAAGAAGUUCGACCGCGUCACGCGCCUCGUGUGCAAGGGCGUCUCGUAUGAGCUCGAGCUCAUGCUCGACAUCAACUCGGAGGUCUUUCCCAUGAAGGUGCACGAGCAGUUUACGUUUGCGCUUGUGAGCACGCUCGACCUGGAUGGCAAGCCGGACGAUGGCAUCUUUGACCAGAGCGGCAAGCCGUCGCUUCUCGACCGGUACGACUAUGGCAUGUACGGCAAGGUCUUCCAGUACGACCACGAAGGCGGCAACACGGUCGCGAUCUUCGCCAGCUUUGGCGGUCUCCUCAUGUGCCUGCGCGGCGACCAGUCGCAUCUGCGCAACAUCCACAACGGCACGCGCGUCUACUGCCUCUUGCGCCGCCAAUAACUACUUUUAUAACUAUGCUUCCUGCUGCCUC